UUUUGAAACGGACCAAUGAGAGCAGAGCUCUGCUGUGAACGCGUCCAAUCAGAGAAGAGCGUCGAUGAGCGGCAGAGCGGCAGCAAGAUGACCGGAGCCAAUGAGUUCAAGCUGACCCAGGGUCCGGAGGACAGCGUCUCGGCUGUUAAGUUCAGCCCGAGCUCGGCUCAGUUCCUGCUGGUGUCGUCGUGGGACUGUACGGUCCGUCUGUUCGACGUCAGCGCUAACAGCAUGAGGAUGAAGUACCAGCAUCUGGCGCCGGUGCUGGACUGCGCUUUCUAUGAUCCGGCUCACGCGUGGAGCGGCGGUCUGGACAACCAGCUGAAGACGCACGAUCUGAACACGGAUCAGGACACGAUCGUGGGGACGCACGAUGCUCCCAUCCGCUGUGUGGAGUACUGUCCGGAGGUCAACGUGAUGGUGACGGGCAGCUGGGACAUGUCUGUGAGGCUCUGGGACCCCAGAACGCCCUGCAACGCCGGGACCUUCACGCAGCCCGAGAAGGUCUACACGCUGUCUGUGACUGUGUUUCAGCUGUCUGUGGCUGUGUUUCAGGUCUACACGCUGUCUGUGGCUGGAGACCGGCUGAUCGUGGGGACGGCGGGGCGGCGUGUGCUCGUCUGGGAUCUGAGGAACAUGGGAUACGUGCAGCAGAGACGAGAGUCCAGCCUGAAAUACCAGACGCGCUGCAUACGAGCUUUCCCCAACAAACAGGGUUACGUGUUGAGCUCCAUCGAGGGCAGAGUCGCUGUGGAGUAUCUGGACCCCAGUCUGGAGGUGCAGAAGAAGAAAUACGCCUUCAAGUGCCACAGACUGAAGGAGAACGGCAUCGAGCAGGUCUUUCCGGUCAACGCCAUCUCCUUCCACAGCGUCCACAACACGUUUGCCACCGGUACCCAUCCACAUACUCACGCCACGCUCUUUAUUACUGUUACUGCCAGAAUUACUCGAAUGUUUGCUUAUUAGCUUUCAUUAAACUAG